AUGAUAAAUAGUUGUAAAAAUAAAAUGCGUAUUCGUUUUAAAGAAUUUAAUGGUGUUGCUAUAUGGAAAUGGAUAGCGAAUGAUGAUAGUUGUGGUAUAUGUCGUAUGCCAUUUGAUGCGUCGUGUAGUGAAUGUCGAUAUCCGGGUAAUGAUUGUCCGGUAUUACACGGUGAAUGUAGUCAUUGUUAUCAUGAACAUUGUAUUAAAAAAUGGAUUAAUUCACAACAGACAAAUAAACUAUGCCCAAUGUGUCGACAAGAAUGGAAAAGUGUACCUUAA